GCUCACUCGCUCUCAGUUCCACGACAAAGCUAACACCUCCGCCUCCCUUUUGCUCGCCAGCUGUUGUAUACUCGUCGACGUCCUGAGACCGUCAGCGCCCAUACAACCUAGCCAUGGCCCCGCCAAAACGCAUGAGCGACAUCCUCGCAUCCUCCUCCAUCGACACACGCAUAACCUCCACAUCCAUACCCACCGCAGUGCCAUACUCGAGCGAAGGCCCCACACUACCCAUCAUCGGCGCGACGAGCGAGCACAGCACCAAGGUACCAGGGAACGGCAAGAAGCGCAAGCGUACGACGUCCGACGAAUCCGCGAAGCCGAACAAAGCUGCAGCUGUAGAAGGGAAGGAGCAAAGUACGAGAGAGGGGGUGAUGACGAACCAUCCGAGCCUGUAUGAGCCGUGGGUGUUGUUGGAGGGGAAGGAGGGGAAGGCGAUAGAGGCGCGAGGGACAGAAAACGUCGUACCUAUCGUGUACAGCAGGAACCAGAAUGUCAAGUCCGGCAUCACAAAGCUACUCCGCUACCUCGACUUGCAAACGAACGACAAGGGCGGUGAUUUACCUGCGGCGCUGAAAAGUGAUGAAGGCAUAAUUGCGGUGUCAGCGCAGGGCGAGGGAACGGUUAAGUUGGUGGGGAUUGUGGAUAUGGUGAGGAGGAUCGCUGGCAAGGAGACACAGAAGAAGGGGAGCGGUGCGAACCAGGCAGAGGAAGGAGAGAAGUGGUACAUGUACACUGUGCUUAGUAGUGUUGUUGUGCCGCGCAAAAGAAGCACGGAGAGCGGUGCACAGAAUGAUGCAGACGAGGCACAGGAGGAAAACGAAGGGGACGUCGAUGUUAUGGAUGUCGACAGGGGAGAUGGGGCUGUGAAGGAGACAGUAAAGAGCAGUAAAGGGGAGGGAGAGAUGAGGAAGGUGGCUGUGCUUACGGUCUGGAUGACGAGGAAGAGGAUAUCGGUUUUCAGGGAUGCGUUCGGAGAGCAGGAGUUUGUGGUACACAAGACCGAGUCUUAAGCGGCCGAAUCACGGCCGAGAGGCACAAAAUGCAGCAUCGACCCGCU